CCGGUUCGCGUUGGUGCACCACGUGGUGCUCGGGCGCCAGAGGUCGCGACCCCUGCACUGUGAACCCGGCUGAGUCCCCUCCCACGUGUUGAACACGUGGGAGGCGCAGAGGGCAGCGAGGGAGACGGUCUCCGUGCGCCGUAUCAGUUGCAGAGGCCGCAUCCAGGAGACACGGCGAUGAUGCUGGGCCCAGCUCUGCUCCGCGUGGCUCGGCGCGCGGUGUGGCACCACUGGGUGGCGCGUGUGCCCCGUCGCGGCGGGCCCUCCGUGGUCGCCUUCCGCCAAUACUUCACCAACUCCGACGCCGGGAACAAAGAUCCGCGUGACGCCAGGGGCAACACCGUCUCCGACGCCAGGACCAAAGAUCCGCGGAAGGACAGCGGCAACCGGAGAGAGGACAUCAAUGGCAAGGAACGUGUCGUCGAUCUGGAUUUGUGGAAGAGCAUCGCAAGCAAAAGCAUCCCGCGGGAAGCGUCGGCGGACGACGCGGCUACGCGCGGCGUCGCUGCUAGCGCCGGCAAUCCAGUGGAAGCCCCUCGCAAGCCCGGCGCUCUGAGCACUGACGAGCGAGCAGAAGCCGCUCGUGAGCCCGGCGCUCUGAGCACUGACGAGCGAGAGGAAGCCGCUCGUGAGCCCGGCGCUCUGAGCACUGACGAGCGAGCAGAAGCCGCUCGUGAGCCCGGCGCUCUGAGCACUGACGAGCGAGAGGAAGCCGCUCGCGAGCCCGGCGCUCCGAGCACCGACGAGCGAGCGAUUUCCGUUGGCGAGCCCGCCGCUUCGGAGUGGGCGCCGGAGCUGGCGGAUGGGCACAGCGGUCUGAGCGCGGCGGUCGAGCUAGCUGGAGCGGACACGGCGGAGGCAACGCUGCAGCUCGUCGGGCUGUGGCGCGAGGCGGGCAAAUCCGUGCCGAGCGUCAUGACCGACGCGCAGAUCCAGGAGUACCUGGAGAUGACGAGCAAGUCGAUGCGCCAGCGGUUCCUCCGCUUCCUGCACAAGCGCGAGUGCAUGAAGGAUGCGAGGAGGCAGAAGCGGGAGGCGAAGAGGGAGGAGCGUAAACUACUGGCGCCAAAGGAAAAGGCCCCCGAGGCGCCGCUCAGGAACAGCUUCCUGUUGACGUUCUGGACCUGCUCGGAGGAGCGCGCCUUUGACUGGCGCCUAGCGCAGGCCAUGCAGCACGGCCAGCCGCUCGUCAUCGACAUGAGCUACGACCACAUGAUGAACUCGCGCGCGUCGCGCAGCUGCGCCGAGCAGAUCAUCGAGCUCAUGUCCAGCAACCGGCGCGCGCUCGAUCCCUUCCACCUGCACCUGUGCGGCUACGCGCCGGGUGACGCAAGCGGCCGGACGGCCAGCGCCGCGCUGGCCCGGCUCUACGGCGCCGACGCGUUGCGCCGGAUCCUCGUCACCGAGACGGAGCGCUCCUACCUGGAGCUGUUCCCCCAUGAGCGGCUCGUCUACCUGACGGCCGACUCGCCCAACGUGCUGCGCGAGUUCGACUCCUCGGCCGUCUACGUGGUGGGCGGCUUCGUCGACCUGGCCAUCGAGACCGGCGUGUCGCUGGGCCGUGCCAAGCGCCAGGGCCUGGCGACGGCGCGGCUGCCGCUCGAGAAGUACCUGAGCUGGGGCCUGGGCGGGAAGAACCUGACCCUCGACCAGGUGGUGAAGAUCCUCGACCGCGUCAAGGACACGGGCGACUGGAGCGACGCGCUGCGCUUCGUGCCGCGGCGCAAGCUCAAGAGCGCGCCCGAAGCGGACUUCGCCGCUGGCCGCCACGGCCACCAGCACGGCCAAUAUGCUCAGCGAGGCCAGCACGGCCAGCACGGCCAGCACGGCCAGCACGGCCAGAACGGCCGGCCCUUCGACAACCAGAGAGCUUUCAGACCCGGGUCGGAUGCUGGGGUGCGGCGGGGGCCAGGCGGGCCGCGCGCGGGUAACUGGGGGCAGGACGGGGAGGCGAGGGGCGGGAGUGCGGGCGACACCGGACGGGACGGAGGCGGGCGGAGCGGAGCGCGGAGAGAAGCGUGGCGAUGGCAAGGGGACGACCCCAAUGGGUGUGAGUGGCACGGCGCCAAGGGUCACGGGACUAAGGGUCACGGGCCAAAGGAUGGCUUCCUCGGCGCCUGGCAAUCAAAAUCACCGGACAAGCGGUGAUUGGUGGCGGCCGCGCCACGUGCCCCGUGAUGUUAAAAACAUCUUCGCGUUUAUACUCCGCGGGGUCGGGGGGCGCGCGUGCGUGUCCGUCCUCGCAAAUGAGCGUUGGCCGAUGCUCGAUACUGUCGGCAGCCCCGAAGCAGUGGUGGAAAUUUGUCACUCGCGUGUCGGGGGGGUUAAUCUGUGCAGUGGACAACCGCUGGCGACUCCAUCAAAGCCGGUCCUAGUUUUAUUGACCCCCAUGGACAUCAUGGGCUGGGGUGGUGCUGCUCGCUCAGCAUGAACGGAGCUCUCUCGCCAGGGCGACGCCACACUAUGCAUGCAGCCUGCAUCGCGCCGCGCCAGAUGUACUUUUGUAUGUUGAACUUCUAUCGCACCGUUCGUAGCCAACCGCGCUAAUCGGAGCUGCGGUGGAAGGACAACAAACUAAACACAAAAAGCAGAAAUGUCGUUUUCAAUUUAGUUGAUUUAACAGUGCACAGCUCCAGUGGCUUCCUAUUAUCGGAAGGAAGAGCAUUCCAGACGGCCGCAGAGGCGCAUCUGAAAGCGUGCGAUGCGGUGUUUGAUGGCUGGCCAAAAAGCCGCUGGGUGGAAGCUGCUCUGCAGCAGGGAGUGAGCAUUCACAAUGGGCAUCUUCGUCGUGCACACACACACACUCACACUCGCAGUCACGCACACACGGCGCUUAAACACCGACAUUCAGCAUUUUCCGAUGACCAAGUUGCCCGGAAUGCGCCCACACUCGUCAGAUCUCGGGAGCUAAGCGGGGUUGAGCCCGGAUAAUGCUCGGAUGGUCGCCCACCACAAAAUAGACGUCCCUCCUUCUGGGAGCGCAUCAUUAUCCGCAGCAUUGGUUUAACACGAGAAAACUGUGGACCGGUUUCAACAUUCAGUGUCUCAUCAGCAGAUUCAGGUGCUAUAGGUGACUGCGGGGCCAAGUCAUCAGCAGAGCGCAGCAAAAUCCAUUGUUGUGCUGUACUAUGCUCCAACAUCUGUGCUCCCCUCCUUCACCAACCCACAAAGACCAGCGUGGUGAAGUGUGUUCUAAUAACCCCCAUGACCCAUGUGGCGUGGUGAGGCCCUUAUCCAGCAGUGGAUCGAUAGAGAGGGCAGUAAGUGCACACGCUGCACCAGCUCCCUGCACCACCCGCGCGCCAGCCCGUGUGAUUUUUAUUUGGCUGUGUGAAUCCACUUCUUUGACACAGGCCUGUGCCUCGACUGUUCCUACGGCCGCGCAUUCCUGCUCUGUAACAGCGAUGUUGUACACUGCAUAAUGCUGUCAAUAAUAAAUGUUACGGUAAUGGGACGGUG